AUGGCAAAUUAUCUCUCCCUGCCUAUCCUCCACGAACUUGUGCAAUUUGCUGAGGAGGAUGCAUUGUAUGAAGAUUCGAUUAAGGCGAUGGCGUCAGGCAUUCUCAACUAUUAUUUUCCAGCGACAAAUGGUUUUACAGUUGCCCCAGAGCAAAACCGACAGGGGAAUAUCGCGGAUUUUAUCAUCCUCCGGAUCCAACGACGGUUCCCCGGUGACCGCGGUGUCGUCGAUCACACCGUAGCUGAAGCCAAAAGAGAUACCGACUCCAUCACAGCUGCAUUGGAGCAGCUUGAGAAUGCCCUCGAACAAGCCAAUACUGAAUUUGGCAGGUGCUGGGCAAUGCUUAUUCAUGGGUGCAACUUUCAAUUUUUCGAAUAUCACAUUCACCUGCCUGCGGGUGAACGGCUUAUCCCAUGGGGUCCUCCAAACCAACCGUCGCAGAAUUUGUUCCAUUGUCGAAAUGAGAGCGUAACUAUCGAUUGGAUGCUGCGUCAUAUGGGACAAAACAACACUCCACCAGCACGCUAG